CUGGGCGAUCAUGUGACUCAUAAGAAAACGUCACCAAAAUGGCAGAUCAGCCGUCGAAGUCAGAUAUCCAAACAAUUUUCAAGAGAUUACGAUCUGUACCAACAAAUAAGCAAUGCUUUGACUGUGGUAGCAACAACCCAACAUGGGCGAGUGUGACUUAUGGAGUGUUCCUGUGUAUUGACUGCUCAGCCACCCAUCGUUCAUUGGGUGUCCAUGUUACCUUCAUCCGGUCCACUCAGCUGGACACCAGCUGGACAUGGCUCCAGCUCAGGGCCAUGCAAGUGGGAGGCAAUGCCAAUGCUACGGUCUUUUUCCGACAGCAUGGAUGUACAACAUCUGAUUCCCAGCAAAAGUACCACAGCAGGGCUGCAAUGAUGUAUAAGGAGAAGCUACAGUCUCUCGCCAAUAAUGCCAACAGAUUACAUGGCACAAAGCUGAUCCUUGACUCCAGUAACCAAGGACACAAGCUCCACAUAGACAGCCAUGACCCAACCUCCCCUGUCAGUAAGGAAGUCGACUUCUUUGAUGAACACACAGACUCGCUAGAUUCGACACCUGCUCCCACACCUAUUAGUGACAAUGCCAAACUGUUUGCCUCCACAGCUCCCCAGCCCAUUAAGAACGGAAAUUCAAACAAGGAAAUAGACCCAUCGGAAGGUCCCAGCGUGGAGGCAGCCUUGAGCAUGUCCCCAACCCAGGCAGCAGCCCACGCAGAGCCGAGGAAGUCCAUCAUUGGUGCCAAGAAACCUGCAGGGGCACGCAAAGGGAAGAAAGGUAUGGGAGCCCAGAGAGUAAAGGCUAACUUCAAUGAGAUCGAAAGCCGUGCACAGCAGCUGGACCAGGAGAGAGAAACACUAGCAGCCAAUCAGGCGAUAGUAGAGGCUCGCACGAAGGAGGAGCAGGAGAAACAGAUGGCUUCAAUGCGAUUAGCCUACAAAGAUAUGAGUUUACAGAGGAAGAAGGAGGAGGAGAAACUGAAGGCUACAGAUCCCAAGAAAGCUGCACAGUAUGAGCGGCUAGGCAUGGGCUUCGUGGGUAACAGAGAGUUCAGUCAUUCUGCCAUAUCAGAUAUGCAGACUUUCGAACAAUCUCAACCAAACAAGUCUUCAAGCAAUUCAAAUGGUGCUGACCGCUAUGACAGGAAACCUGCCCGAUCCAAGAACUUCUUUGAUGAAGAAUUAGAUUCAAUGGGAUUUUCAUCUUCAUCUUCAAAAUACGACAGUCCUUUUGGUGAGGAGAAGGAUUCGUUCAGCAGUUGGGGCAGUAAUAACAAGUCUGGCAGCUGGGAUAUAGACCGAUUUGAGUCUAAACAGCAAAGCUUUUCUGAAACCUUGUCAUCCUCAAGGGAUGAUGACAGCGGAGAGAUCGAGGAGGAUGAGAGUCAGGGUGAUGUAGAUGAGGGACCUAGCCGAAGUAGGAAGGCUUACGACUACAACACAUCUACAAGUACCUCUGACGAGGCCCAGAAAAAAUUCGCGGGUGCCAAGUCUAUAUCAUCUGACCAGUUUUUUGGUAAUAAGGAUAUGGAUUUUGCGAUGAAACAGAAUAUGUCUAGAUUUGAGGGGAGCUCAAGUAUAUCCAGUGCAGAUUUCUACGGAGAAUCAUCAAGUAAACGUUCACAGAACUACAACAAUACUGGACCCGACUUCCAGGACAUUAAGGAUGGUGUGAAACAAGGAGUGACCAAAGUGGCCGGCAAACUCUCUACACUAGCUAACGGAGUGAUGAACUCUCUACAGAAAAAAUGAUUUCCUCGUAGAAAUAUAGAACUAAAGCCUAGACUACAAACCAGGAGAAAUAUGGAAGUUAAUGGCCGGUAGGAGAUAUUAACUACAGACCUUUUGUAUGGGAGUUGGUUCUCAUCAUUAAACUCAACAACACAUCAGAUCUAAUCAAGAUUGCACGACUAUUUACUCUUGACUCUGGACUGUCAGUGGAUCAGACCAGCCAUUGAGGGGACGACUAGUCAUCAUUUCCCACAGGGCAUGAUUGUCCGCUCUGGACUGUCAGUGGAUCAGGCCAGCCAUUGAGGGACGACUAGUCAUCAUUUCCCACAGGGCAUGAUUGUCCGCUCUGGUCAGUGGAUCAGGCCAGCCAUUGAGUAGAUGACUAGUCACCAUUUCCCACAGGGCAUGAUUGUCCGCUCUGGACUGUCGGUGGAUCAGACCAGCCAUUGAGGGACGACUAGUCAUCAUUUCCCACAGGGCAUGAUUGUCCGCUCUGGACAGUCGGUGGAUCAGACCAGCUAUUGAGGGGUGACUAGUCACCAUUUCCCACAGGGCAUGAUUGUCCGCUCUGGACUGUCGGUGGAUCAGACCAGCCAUUGAGGGGUGACUUGUCAUCAUUUCCCACAGGGCAUGAUUGUCCGCUCUGGACAGUCAGUGGAUCAGACCAGCCAUUGAGGGGGUGACUUGUCACCAUUUCCCACAGGGCAUGAUUGUCCGCUCUGGACUGUCAGUGGAUCAGACCAGCCAUUGAGUGGAUGACUAGUCAUUUCCCACAGGGCAUGAUUGUCCGCUCUGGACUGUCAGUGGAUCAGACCAGCCAUUGAGGGUUGACUAGUCACCAUUUUCCACAGGGCAUGAUUGUCCGCUCUGGACUGUCAGUGGAUCAGACCAGCCAUUGAGUAGAUGACUAGUCAUCAUUUCCCACAGGGCAUGAUUGUCCGCUCUGGACUGUCGGUGGAUCAGACCAGCCAUUGAGUGGAUGACUAGUCAUUUCCAACAGGGCAUGAUUGUUUACUGUGAGCCCUGGAGUGUCAGUGGAUCAGACCAGCCAUUGAGUGGAUGACUAGUCAUCAUUUCCCACAGGGCAUGAUUGUCUGUUCUGGACUGUCAGUGGAUCAGACCAGCCAUUGAGUGGAUGACUAGUCAUUUCCAACAGGGCAUGAUUGUUUACUGUGAGCCCUGGAGUGUCAGUGGAUCAGACCAGCCAUUGAAGGGAUGCAUGUGACUAGUCGCCAUUUCCCUUGGAGGAUUUGUCCGACAGAGCUAUCUAUCUCGACCGCAACUUGUGUAAUGCUAUAUCUGUAACACUGAGGAAACCAUCAUCACCAUGUUGCCAUAUUACCUAUAAGAUAAUUUAAUUUGAAUCCAGAAAUUCAGUGGCUAUACCGUCGCCAUAUAUGUAAUUUAGGAUCAUGUGACUUCGUCAUAUACUGCAAUCCAGGGCAUUGUAAUUUGGGCAGUGUGCAAAAUGAUGAUGACUGGACUAGCUAUGGUGUGUUGAGAGAACUGGUCCUCUACUCUCCUAUUUUCUGCAGCAUUCAUUCUAGCCUGCUGCCGUUAAACAUGACAGCGAAAACCUCAUUUUCAAGUACGAAUGAAGGUCGUCGGCGACAGGCACAGUAGGAUCACUAGAAUUAGGACAUUAUUUAUCAGUGUUAUCGUGAGUGAAUGACAAUGUGUGCGAGGUGCAGACGACAUGUGAGAGUUAUCUCGGAAUGAAGGCAGUACAUUAACGGGUUGGGUUAUAUAUAUACAUAUAUAUAAGACCUCAGUUCAGACAUUUGUGCGAAGGCUUGUUGAUAUUAUGCCUAGAACUUGUUCAGUCUGUAAAUAUUAUUCUGGCUUUGAUCUUAAGUGUCUGGUGAUUAUAUUUGUUAUGUAAUCCCUAAACCUAUAUAGUAAUCAAUAGGUAUAUUGUAAAAUCUAAACACACAAGCGCUCAUUUCAACAACAUGUUACUAAAACUGGACAAAAAUGAAAUAUUGAUGAAUUAUUUUUAUUUAUUCCUCAUUUCAACCACUAGUACUGGACAAAAAUGAAAUAUUGAUGAAUUAUUUUUAUUUAUUCCUCAUUUCAACUGCUAGUACUGGACAAAGAUAAAAUAUUGAUGAAUUAUUUUUAUUUAUACCUGCCUGCUUUCCUUAUUAGACGGAGGAUUUUUUCACCAUUUUUUGUGGAAUCUGUUUUCAUAUGCCUGUCAGAGAUGUGAGCUGACAGGCACAUGCACGGUGUCAACGGAAUACGAUGUUAUUUCAGCUGCCAUUAACUGCAAUCUUAGAAAUUUAUCGUCGGGAAAUCUCUGAGACUUACAUUAAUCAUUAUCAUGGUACCUUUAUUUUGGCAGACAGAAUAUAUAGAUAUGUCUUCUUGGCUUGGGAUGGGUAGAUCUGGCCCCCAGUACAAAUGAUGUGAUAUAUUAUAUUAUGAGAGAGCGAGAGAGUGUAACAGUUAUGACCGAUUCUGUUGAGUAUUUGUUUCAAGAAUUAAUAUUGCAGUCAGUAAUUUGGGUGUUUUUUUGUUGUUUUUUUUUUCAAACUGGUUGCUUGUGUGUAAGUGAUAAAUUGUCAGGGAACAGAUCAUGUUAUAACAGUUAAUAUGUUAUUUUCAUUGUGUAAUGAUAGACAUACAUCCAUGUUAUUUUCAUUAUUUUUUUUCCUUUGAAAACAUCUAGGGAGUUAUCUCCCUUCCAAGUCAUUACCUCAUACUUUCCUUGAAAAAUAAAUUUGUGUUUUAACUUUUAUUAUAUUAUUUAAUAUACUAGAGAUCAUUUCUACAUCAUAUGAUUGGUUAAGAUUCACAGAUGAGCUUUAAUUUGUGUCUGUAAGUAACUUAAUUAAAAUUAAAAAAAAUAAUACUGCAGAAAAGAAGGAUGUGGAACGCACUGCAAUAGAUUCAAACUUAGUGCGCUUCGUUAGACUUUAUAGGCAAAUUGACAUGUCAUAGUUAAAUUCUGUUCAGUGCUAUUUCUGUUCCUGCUAUUUGUACAGAUGAUAAUUAGAUACACCAGCUGGAAAAGUUGGAAGAUUUGAAAACAUUAUAAUAUUAUGCAUUUUCAAAUCCAAGCCGGAUUUGCUUUAUUUCAUGACCUAGCAUUAAUACAACCUAAUUAAAGAUAUUAGGUCAAGGACAUCCGGCAUUAGGUCAAGAAGGUUGUUAAAUGCAUUUACUCGUCUGAACAUCUCCAUUGUUUCAUUAAUACAAGUUGUGAUUUCUCUAGUGGUUCCUCGAGUUACCACAUACAUGUAUGAUAUAUGCUGCCCAAUUGACAUCAGAUUUGUGGCUAAAUUUGAAGGGUCGACUAAACAUGUUGCGAGAGAUUCGUUUGCAAGUUGAUGUAGAUUUGUUUACAAGUUGAUGCAAGAUUUUAACAUAUGUUACUUAAUAUGACAUUUAUUUCACUAAAUUGAUUUCUUUGAAGAGAUUUAAGAUAUAUUUAUAUGUGUUAAAGCCUAUAUCUAAAACAUAAGAUUUUCCAGGUUUUGGAAACCAUUCCUUGCCGUUUAUACCGUAUUCAGAAAGGUGAAGGGCAUUCUUAGCCUGAUGUUGGUGACAUAAUAUUUUGCUAAAAUGGAAUUUCAAGUCCCUUUCUCGUGAUAUUUGCUUUCAAAUUAUCAUGUCAGAAAGGUAAAUGAUGUUGUAGGUUCGACCAUUAGUGCAAGGGGACGUGUUAAAUUCUCGACUAAGAAUCGUGAUGGUGUAACAGAUGGAAGCCUAUGACUUACUAAGAUCUGUUAUUGUCUGAUUAGAAUGUGUGCGAGGUGGUCGUCCUACAUGCUGUGUAAUAUACAGAUUUUUACUUCACUGUUCAUGUUGGCUGACAUUGUAUUAGUAAUGUAAGUUUCGAUCCACCUGCAGGAAAAAUAUCCACAUUCAGAAAAUCUCAAAUAGUAGGAAUUUUCAGACUUAAAGAUGUAUGCUACCUUACUGUAAUGUGUACUUUCUAUACAAAAGAGUUCCACAUGUCUUGUAUAUUUCUGAUAAAAUUUUCAAAUUCAUAUUGUAAAGUUAAUGACAGGCAUACAUACGUAUGCACAUUCAAACAUGGAAUAUGUGACAAUAAUUUAAUAUGUGUAUUGUUAAUGUUUUAAGACACUAUUGCGAUAAGUAGUUAGGUAGCAUCUACCAAGCAUAACAUCCUACUAUGUACAAUACUUGUCCAGAAAAUUUCCUGUCAGCAGAACAUGUAAAACAUGGGUUUAAAAACACAAGUGUUAACUGUCUGGUCAAAAUUGACCAAAGCAUUUUUUUUCUGUACAUACAUGGGUCUAUUAGUUGUGAUGCUCAGUUUGGACCAGACAGUUGAUACAAGCUUAAGCUGUACUCUAAAUUAAAAUUUAAUUUGUAAGAUGGUGAAUAUGGAGAAUAUCUGUUAUAUGGUAAAAUAAAUAACUUUCUACAGAA